GGCGCGGCUAGAUGCGCAGGCGCAGUCAGGCGCGGGGGUGCUGGUGGGACCGCGCUCUGGAGGACCGACAUGUCGGGGGUCCGGGCGGUGUCUCGGCUGUUGGGCGCCCGGCGCCUGGCGCUGUGCAGGGCGCAGUGGCCAGCGACAUGGCAGACCGGCACCCGCGGUUUUCACUUCACUAUUGACGGGAAUAAAAGGUCUUCUGCUAAAGUUUCCGAUUCAAUUUCUACGCAGUAUCCAGUGGUGGACCAUGAAUUUGAUGCAGUGGUGGUUGGUGCUGGAGGGGCAGGCUUGCGAGCUGCGUUUGGCCUUUCCGAGGCUGGGUUUAACACGGCCUGCGUCACAAAGCUCUUUCCUACCAGAUCACACACCGUUGCAGCCCAGGGAGGGAUCAAUGCUGCCCUGGGGAACAUGGAGGAGGACAACUGGAGGUGGCACUUCUACGACACUGUGAAGGGCUCCGACUGGCUGGGGGACCAGGACGCCAUCCACUACAUGACAGAGCAGGCCCCUGCUUCUGUGGUAGAGCUGGAGAAUUACGGCAUGCCGUUUAGCAGAACUGAAGAUGGGAAGAUUUAUCAGCGUGCUUUUGGCGGACAGAGCCUCAAGUUUGGGAAAGGCGGGCAGGCCCACCGGUGCUGCUGCGUGGCUGACCGCACGGGCCACUCCCUGCUGCACACGUUGUAUGGGAGGUCUCUGCGAUAUGAUACCAGCUAUUUUGUAGAGUACUUUGCCUUGGAUCUCCUGAUGGAAAAUGGGGAAUGUCGUGGUGUUAUUGCACUGUGCAUAGAAGAUGGGUCCAUCCAUCGCAUAAGAGCCAAGAACACUGUUGUGGCUACCGGAGGCUACGGCCGCACCUACUUCAGCUGCACGUCUGCCCACACCAGCACCGGUGACGGCACAGCCAUGGUCACCAGGGCAGGCCUUCCCUGCCAGGACUUGGAGUUCGUGCAGUUCCACCCCACAGGCAUAUAUGGCGCUGGUUGUCUCAUUACGGAAGGGUGUCGUGGAGAGGGAGGCAUUCUCAUUAACAGUCAAGGCGAAAGGUUCAUGGAGCGCUAUGCCCCGGUGGCAAAGGAUUUGGCGUCCAGAGACGUUGUAUCUCGGUCCAUGACUCUGGAAAUCCGGGAAGGAAGAGGCUGCGGCCCGGAGAAGGACCACGUCUACCUGCAGCUGCACCACCUGCCCCCGGAGCAGCUGGCCAUACGCCUGCCGGGCAUCUCGGAGACGGCCAUGAUCUUCGCGGGCGUGGAUGUCACUAAGGAGCCGAUCCCCGUCCUUCCCACUGUGCAUUACAACAUGGGUGGCAUUCCCACCAACUACAAGGGGCAGGUCCUCAGGCAUGUGAACGGCCGGGAUCAGAUCGUGCCCGGCCUGUAUGCCUGUGGGGAGGCCGCCUGUGCCUCUGUGCACGGUGCCAACCGCCUCGGGGCGAACUCGCUCUUGGACCUGGUAGUCUUCGGCAGGGCGUGUGCCCUGAGUAUCGCAGAGUCCUGCAGACCCGGAGAUAAAGUUCCCCCGAUCAAACCAAAUGCCGGGGAAGAGUCUGUCAUGAAUCUUGACAAGCUGAGGUUUGCUGACGGAAGCAUAAGAACAUCAGAACUGCGGCUGAGCAUGCAGAAGUCGAUGCAAAAUCACGCUGCAGUGUUCCGUGUGGGAAGUGUGUUACAAGAAGGCUGUGAGAAGAUCAGUCAGCUCUAUGGAGACCUGAAACAUCUGAAGACGUUUGACCGAGGAAUGGUCUGGAACACCGACCUGGUGGAGACCCUGGAGCUACAGAACCUGAUGCUCUGUGCACUUCAGACCAUUUAUGGAGCAGAGGCCCGGAAGGAGUCGCGUGGCGCUCACGCCCGGGAAGAUUACAAGGAGCGGAUUGACGAGUAUGAUUACUCCAAGCCCAUCCAGGGGCAGCAGAAGAAGCCGUUUGAGGCGCACUGGAGGAAGCACACCCUUUCCUAUGUUGAUGUCAAGACUGGGAAGGUUUCUUUGGAAUACAGACCAGUGAUCGACAGAACUUUAAACGAGGCUGACUGUGCCACAGUCCCUCCGGCCAUUCGCUCCUACUGACGAGACCAGAGGUGACCAGCUUUUGUAAUUAUGUAUAAUAGCUCGUGCGUGUCUUCAUAUCCUGAUUACCUUUUUAAAAUCCCAUUACUCAAGUGAGUAAGGAAGGCCAUUGGACUAGGGGUCAUCUACCCGGUAGCCAGAAGCUUGCUGGUAAUCAACAGCCAGAAGUGUGAAUGAAGCCUACCUUUAUCCUUUGCUUCCUUCUUGUGAAAUCAUAAAACUGGGCCUGAUUCUUCAAUAAAGCAUAAAUUGCA